GAUCACACACACACACACACACACACGGACACACGGACAGGCACAGGUGCACUUAGGCGCACACAGAGACACAGAGAGACAGGCGCACACAGAGAGACACGGACAGACAGGGUUACACAGGCACACACAGAGACACACACACAGAGGCACCGAGGCACGCACAGGCACAGCUGAUUUGGGGGGGCGGAGGCGGAGGCGAUUGAACGACGGUGGGCACGAUGGCGGCCGAGGUGAGGGACUUGUCGGGGACGACGGUGACGUUGGAUGGGACAGAGGCUGCCUCGACCAUCUACGCCCGUAACUGUACAGACUGUCACUUUCUGCUGCGCGGCAAUGACACCCAUGUUAAUUUCGUCCUCGAUCACAUCGAGGGGGGCUCUGUUGUUCUUGAUCGGACAUCGGCUGGAUGUUCACUGAUUCUGGUCGACUCUCACAACGUGGACAUUGAAGCCCUGACGGGAUCGCUCAUCGAAAUUGUGGCUUGUGAUAACAUCCAUUGUCAUGCCGCGCAGCUCGAGCAGCUUCGGGUGUUGAAGAGCAAUGCCACCGUGGUCCGCUGUGAGCACAGCACCAAGGUGAUCGAGGCCGCCAACCUGCGAGAACCAGCCAUUUCCUACAUCAAGGCAUCAGAGGACCCCCUUCGAUUGCAAGAUGCUGGCCAAGUUGGUGCUCAGCGCUUUGCUUGAUCGCAGUUUCCACUCGAUCUGAACAACUUGGUCACAAACUUCCAUCAGCCUGGCUUGUGCCACGUUGCACAAGCCAGGUCGAGUCGCCCUGUCAUUUGGCACGGAUACGACCGUUGAUUGUGUGGGAUAUCAUUGCCGAUCCAUCCCACGGCACGAAGCAUAUUUAGCCUCACGAGGAGAGACGUAGAAAGCUUGAUGUACAACAAGAAGAAAAACAGGAAUCGAACAAAAUGUGCG